GUUCCUUCGCAGCGUCAGGGUGAAGCUCCCCUGGAUAUGUCUCUGCUGAACCUGAACAACGGUCUUCAGGUUCCUAGCAAUUUCCAGUAAGAAGAUGCGGCGAGUUGGUAGAAGAGCUCAAUGAGCUGCUCAUUUUCUUAUGUUGGCGACGUUUUGGCCAAGAAAGCCCACACUCAUUCGUUGCCGCUUGACAUGUUGUGGCAUAGCAUUCCCCUUUGUCAAGUCAUCCUCUCCUUGGUCCUCAAUGAUUCACUCUAUUCCCCCGCCUUGUGGCCGUGUUCUCGGGCAAAGUUGGCGUCUGGUUGUCAGUUUAUUCUCCUUCAUGAUAGAAAAGUUUCAUGAACAUGUGUGCGCAGACGUUUAUGCCAUGUGCUGCAUCUAUGGGAUGAUGACAAACACGAUAGAGCGUGUGGCUAUGUGAAGUGAACAGCGGAGCUGGGAUUGAAGUGAUGGUGUAAAGACGUGAGGGGCGGACCGUGCUCACAAUCGACAAGAAAUUCGGGCUUGAUGGUCGUCAUGAGCU